CAUGGAAGAUUAACUUCUCAUGUGAAGUUAUCAGCACUUCUACGGCUUCUUCGGGUCCAGGGUUACCUGCUAUUAAAUGUCCGUUUAAAGGGUGACAGCAGUGGCAGGAAAAAGGGAGGAGAGAUACUAAAGGACAUGGCCGGGUACAAGCCGAAGGUGAUUUCUCUAACCAAGAGCCCGGGACAUUCUUUCGGCUUCUACUUGAGGGUGGAGCAGGCUGUGGACGGUCACCUGAUCCGCUGCCUGGAUAUGGGAGGUGCAGCUGAACUGGCUGGCAUGAAAGAUGGAGACCGCCUCCUGAGGGUCAAUGGAACAUUUGUUGAUGGACUGCCCCAUUCAGAGGUGGUGGACAUGGUCAGAAUCAGUGGAGUAUCGGUCACAUUUCACAUCCUGGAGGAAGCUUCCUACCUGCAAGCCAAAGAAAAGGGGGUGAACCUGUCCGGCCCUCAGAACACGCCCGUCACCAGCGGUGGGCCCAAACAGGCUCUAAAGCCCAAACUGUGCUACCUGGUGAAGCCCAGCUCAGGCUUCGGGUUUUCCAUCCGCUCAGUCAAAGGUGACCCGGGUUUGUUCAUGACAGAGGUGACCGAAGGAGGGGUGGCUGACAGGGCCGGGGUCAGCGUCAACGACCGCCUGCUGGAGAUCAACGGGGUCAACGUCGAAGACUCCACGCACGACGAGGUCGUGGACACCAUCAAGCUGGCGGGCGGCAGCAUCAUGUUCCUGCUGGUCGACGAGGAAACGGACCGGCACUACCAGAACCAAGGCGUGAAGAUAGGAGCGUGGUUAGCCACCACCAGGUAUCUCCCACACAAGCCGUGCAUCAUCGACAUGACCAAAGGACCCGACGGCUACGGCUUCCUCCUCAAGGAGUACAACAAUAUAGGCAAGGCCGUCUGUCAAAUAUUACAAACGGCUGGCCACGUCACCGUCGACAUAGACAGAGGCAGCCCGGCAGGAAGAGCCGGUCUGAAGGAGAUGGACCGACUGGUGGCCGUGGACGGGAAGGAGGUGGACGGCCGCAGCCACGAGCAGGUGGUGAGCAGCGUCAAGGAGAGUGGAAACACAUGCUGCCUCCUAGUGGUGGACAAAGACACGGACCACAUGUAUAAGCAGGGCAAAGUGUCUCCUCUGAUCUUCUUGGAAGAGAUGAAGGACUCCAACUCACCGCCUAGUUACAGAGAGGCCCUCAAGUUUCCUGUUCCCGUCAAACCAGCCACACCUGUUCAGAGUAGGACGGAGGAGCUGAAGCCCAAACUGUGUAAGAUGGAAAAGGCCUCAGCUGGAUAUGGCUUCCACAUAAAUGGCAUCGAGGGGAUGUCUGGACAUACCAUCAAGGAGGUGGUGAAAAGUGGAGCGGCCGACCGGGCGGGUGUGGAGGAGGACGACGUCUUGGUGGAGGUCAACGGGGUCAACGCGGAGCAGAGCAGCCACGACGAGGUGGUGGAGAUGAUCCGGAGCAGCGGCAGCUCUCUGGAGAUGCUGGUGGCGAACAAGAGCGUCUACGACCGACUCAAAGCUCGGGGGGUGGUCGUCACGCGCCUGCUGCUCGGGGAAACCUCCCACGCUCAGGUACACAGCGCGGACACGACGGAGGAAGAGGAGGAGAGACGUGAGGAAGAGGAGGAGGGACGUGAGGCUAAACCAGCAGCAGAGCGAGAGCGGACCACAUCAUCUUCAUCUGAAGACAGUUUUGAUGAGAGACUCUAAGCAAGCAGCUCUGAAGGCUUCACACAUGUCAUCCAUAUCACAGGAGACGCAGACUUUUCAAGGAUAUUUGCACAAUUAAAGGGCUGAUAACA